AUGCCAUCCAAAAAGAAGAAAUACAAUGCGCGUUUUCCAGUGGGACGUAUCAAAAAAAUCAUGCAAAGCGACGAAGAAGUGGGCAAAGUGGCGCAAGCUGUACCAAUUAUAAUCUCUAGGACAUUGGAGCUCUUUGUCGAAUCGCUUUUAACAAAGUCUUUAAAGAUUACAAAUUCUCGUAAUUCCAAGACAUUGUCAACAUCACACAUGAAACAGUGCAUCAUGUCGGAACAGCGCUUCGAUUUUCUACGCGAACUGGUAAGGAAUAUACCAGACAUCAGUGUAGCAGAAGAGGCAGCGAAUUACAUCGAGGAUGAUAAUCACAGUUCGCCAGAUGAACCAUAUGCCGAUUCGGAUACACCCUAUGAUCUGAGUAUGCCAUCUACAUCGACGGUAAGGAGUUCGACGGUGACUCGUCAGCAUUCGGCGAUGGCAACAAAUGGCCAAAAUGGUGGCCAUGAUCAUCAUCCCCGAAACCAUUUGAAAAGAUCAGUGAGUUCAAAUGCCAAUUCCGUUAUUAUGCAUACCACAUCGUUGGCAAAUGCCGGAGUUGGAGUAGGCGGUUACAGUUCGACAGAAUGUUUGCCCCCAAAGCUAGCACGUUCCGAAUCGACACCAGUUCCUCCUCAUCCACCACAACUACAACAGACACCCACACUGACGCCAGCGUCACAUCCACGACUGAAACAUCAAUCAUUCUCAAUGCCGUCUAAUUGCGUCUCGAGCAACAAUAACAACAACAAACCAAAUAACACUCCCCAACCAAUACGGCCGCCCCCAAAACAGACUGCCAUACCCGCACCAAUUGUUAGCAUCGACUACUGCAAUAAGCCCGUGGUGAAAAUAGACUAUAGCAAUUUGCCACAAAUAACCACAGAUGUGGCAUCCGCACCGACGCCCCUGAGUGCCCCAGCUAAUAUUGCAAGUAUGACAACGAAUGCUAGCGCGUUCAAUUUUACAGCAGAACCAGUUAUCAAUAUUGACCUCUCAAAUAUUGUUGCGACAACAGUUGAUGCCACCGCCAGGCCCAAAACAUCGACGCCACCGGUGGCCACCAUAAGUAUCGGUACCUCUAAACAACAAUCUCGUAAUUCCAAAACUGUAAUGGCGGAGCCAUUCGAUUCCUCAACAGCAAAGCCGGCACAAAUCGCUGCUGUUGCUGCAGCUGCUGCUUCAACCAUGACUACUACCGCAACGGUAAAUAGCAACAGUUCCUGUCUGGAACUUGACGAAGACUAUGACAAUAUAUAA